AUGUCUUUACUCGGUCUUGAUCUUGCCCAGAAGGCUCUUUCACUCUACACUGUGACAGCCUUUGUGAUGGCAGUGCUGCCCAAUGUCUAUGCUAUCAUGUUAUCGGGACCGCGUUACGACAAUUGCAACCCACGGAAGCUCCAGAGCACCAUCACCGCCGACGACAAGCUGGAUGAGAUUACAAAGGCACGUAUACUCCGUGCCAAGGCCGCGUCGGAAAACAUAUUUGAGACGCUCGGGUUCUAUUCAGCUGUCGUCGUGGCCGCCAACUUGACCGGCGUCGAUGCCCACGCUGUCAACAUCAUGACCCUGAGCUACAUCGGCUGCCGAGCUUUGUACAACAUCGUCUAUGUGCGCCUGGAGGACAACCGCAACUAG